GUGACCUGGUUCUUGUUGGUGGCCAGAUUACAUAUUCCGGUGUUCUUCGCCCCCUCUUUUUUCUUGGUUCAUUUUUGAUAAACGUUGUGCCUGGGCAUCCCGCCAGCACGACAAGAAUCCCCGUUUCUUGGCAUCAUGACGGAGAACAAUAUCCCCCCAACUUCAACACCUCAACUGGCGCCGUCGGCGCCCGUUGACCAGACACACUCUGUGGCGCAAGUCACCACGACUCCGACCGCCUCGGUCACGGCGACCGCCGCGGCCGCCACCGCCGCCAUCAACAACUCCAUGAAUGGCGGCGAGCAGCUGCCUUGUCAAUGGGUGGGCUGCACGGAGAAGAGUCCUACUGCUGAAGCACUCUAUGAGCACGUCUGUGAGCGCCAUGUCGGUCGCAAAAGCACAAACAACUUGAAUUUGACCUGCCAGUGGGGUUCUUGCAACACCACUACGGUGAAGCGCGACCACAUUACCUCGCACAUUCGAGUUCAUGUGCCCCUGAAGCCGCACAAGUGCGAUUUCUGCGGCAAGGCCUUCAAGCGUCCUCAGGAUCUGAAGAAGCAUGUCAAGACCCACGCGGAUGACUCCGAAAUCCGGUCGCCUGAGCCUGGGCUGAAGCACCACCACCACCCGGAUAUGAUGUUCCCUCAGAACCCCAAGGGCUAUGCGGCUGCUACUCAUUACUUCGAGGGUCCCAUGAACGGUGUCCCGAACCAGGCCUAUACUCACGGCGCUCCCCAGUACUACCAGACACACCCGGCACCACCCCCACCUGCCAACCCUCAUUCCUACGGCAAUGUAUAUUACGCCCUCAGCCAGGGCCACGAUGGAGCCCCCUCUUAUGACCGCAAGCGCGGAUACGAUGCGCUGAACGAGUUCUUUGGAGAUCUCAAGCGCCGCCAAUUUGACCCUAACUCUUAUGCCGCUGUUGGCCAACGGCUGUUGGGUCUACAGGCCCUCCAGCUCCCGAUUCUGAACGGACCCGUGCCCGAGUAUCAGCCCAUGCCCGCUGGCGUUGCUGUGAGUGGAGGCGGUGGAUAUAGCCCUGGUGGCUCUCAGGCGCCUGCCUACCACCUGCCUCCGAUGUCCAACGUUCGCACCAAGAACGAUCUCAUCAACAUUGAUCAAUUCCUGGAGCAGAUGCAGAACACUAUCUACGAGAGUGAUGAGAACGUGGCUGCUGCUGGUGUUGCCCAGCCCGGUGCCCACUACGUACAGCCUGGCAUGCACUACCGCGCCACCCACUCCCCGCCAAGCCAGCUCCCUCCUAGCCAUGUCACAGCCACCACCUCCGCUCCCAUGAUGCAGGCACACUCUCCAUCUGUCGGCACUCCGGCACUGACUCCUCCCUCCAGCGCACAGUCGUACACUUCCAACCGCUCUCCCAUCUCCAUGCACAACCACCGCGUCUCUCCGCCCCAUGAGAGUGGCGCCGGCAUGUAUCCUCGUCUCCCGUCUGCUAGCAUGCCUGACAGCAUGGGUGCUGGCUACCCCACUUCUUCUGGCGCCGCUCCCCCAUCUACUCUCGGGGCUUUUGACAACGAUGACCGCCGUCGUUACACUGGAGGUACUCUGCAGCGUGCGCGCCCAGCGGAGCGCCAAGUUGAUGACAGCCGGAUGGAUACUGCGCAAGAUAGUAAGGCAGAUGGCGAACGUACCCCGACCAAGGAGCGCAUGGACAUCUCACAGAGUCUGAUUGACCCUGCUCUAUCCAGCACUUCUUCCGACCCUGAUCAGGAAGCUGCGCAGCGGACUGCCCAGGCUGCUACUGAGGUGGCUGAGCGCGAUGUCAAUGUUGCUUGGGUGGAGAAGGUCCGCUUGCUUGAGAACCUCCGACGCCUAGUCUCCGAGCUCCUGGAGGCUGGUCAGUUUAACCCUGACUCUGGGCGUGAGUCCGGGUCUCCCACCCUUGAUGGGGCUAUGGAGGGCAUUGAGAUUGCUAGUGCACGUGCGUCCUCCGAGCCCGCCAAGGAGGAAACCAAAACUGAGCCUGUGGAGACUGUCUCCUACCCGACCCUCCGUGGGCUGGACGAAGACGGAGACGCUAAGAUGCCCGGUGACGAUGCAUAG